UGUAAACGUCACCAGCCAGGAAGUCAGCGGAGAGGAGGGACAGAAGAAUCACAACAGAGCUUUAACGGCUUUGACAGUUCUGUUUUGUGCUUCUGAAGCACGCAGUUGUUUCUGUUAUUACCGAGAGCGGACAUGUCACGAAAACCCAAAGAUGAAUAUUACCGUUUUUUUACCGUUACUGACCCACGCACACACGAGAAAGGACACACCGAGUACAAAGUGACAGCAAGGUUUGUGUCCAAGCGUCAUCCCGAAGAUGUGAAGGAGGUGGUCGUGUGGAGGAGGUUCUCAGAGCUGAAGAAGCUCCAUGGGGAGUUGGCCUACACACACAAGAACUUGUUCAGAAGACAGGAGGAGUUUCCACCUUUUCCCCGCGCACAACUCUUUGGAAGGUUUGAUGAGGCUGUGAUUGAAGAGAGGAGGAAGGCCACAGAGGCCAUGCUUCUGUUUACUACCAGCAUACCUGCACUCUACAAUAGCCCACAGCUCAAGGACUUCUUCAGAGGUGGUGAGGUCACAAGGCCUCUGGAUCCCACCCCUGUUUCCUCUGCCGGGCCUCUGCCUCCCCCUCUCAUCCCCCUCCCCAAGCGGAGGGCCUCAGACUGUGAACCCGCAGAGGAGGAGGAGGGGCGGGAGGCACCCACCUUACCCCAAGACCUGGGCACCAAUGUGGGCUUAGAAGUGGGAGAACCGGAGGUGGCGGCUGAGGCUUACAGCGAGAUUGGAGAUUCUCUGAGAGAAGACCAAGAGGAGCUUAGCGAUACAGAGCUGGAUGACAGAGUCCCGUCACCUGACCCAUCCCCAGCCAGAAACCACCAAUCACAAGAGUCCCAGGAAGAAUUUGAUUCACUGUUUGACUCUGUGGCAGAAGAGCAAGUCCCAUCCCCAAAGGAAGAAGGUCCACCUCCGCUAUCUGAUAAUGACUUGGCUGUCUUUGAUCCCUGCUAUAAACAAGAAGGAUCCAAUUCCUCCUGUGACCACUCAGAAUUGUUCUCACUGCCGCCAACCAGUACGGAUGUAGGCGACGCUGGUUACUUGAACCAAGCUGCCAAUGAGCUAACAGCUGCAAUGGAGAGGGAAAGGGAGGGAGAAUUCAGUUCUGCCAUUCGUGGAUACAGGACAGCGGUGGAUAUACUGAUCACUGGAGUACAGGGAGAUCCAGAUCCGAUACGCAGGGAGUCUGUGGUGAGAAGGACAGCCCAGUAUCUGAAGCACACUGAGAUGUUGGUUGACAGGCAUUCCUCGCCCACACACACUCACACACCUACACACACACAUACACAGGACCCUUAGAUGCACACACACAUACUGUAUAUUUAUAUACACUGUUCACACACAUGAAGACAGAUCAUAGACAGAAGAAGCUCAGGGUUGAGACAUACAUACGCACACAUACAUGUCACACACAUAUGCAGACAUACACACUCUUUCUCUCUCGAUGAAGAUACUCAUAGGCAUACUUACACAAAUGCACAGUUUGAUAUGUUGACACACAUACAUAAAGUGAGAACACAUACUCGUUUGGACCACACCAUUCAGAAAUAGAAGCUCAUUCAGGUGCAAAACUACUACCCCAGCACACACACUCCUAAGGUACACCGCAGACAGUUCCUUUAGCUGCCUUUGUUUAGUGAAAAAUCUGUGAUUUACAAAAUCGGAAAAUCUGGAAACUGAAAGUAACCAUAAACUUAAUGGAUUGAUAGAUAAAUAAUCCUUCAUCUUUCUCUCUAUCUAUCUCUUUCUCUUGUUUAUUUCCUUCCUUCCUUUUACAAUGUUUUCUUGUUAAAAACAGUGAAUGUGUAUAUCAGUAAUAUACAUUUUGCACAAUGUAUUUGUUAAUAAAUAUGAUUUAAUUUAA